AUGUCUCUGAACCAGAUGCAAAUCAAGCAGGAGCUGCAGCUCCCCCCCGGUUUGGGUAAAACCACCCCAAAACAGAGCCCCGAGCAUCCCCAAAUCCCGGUGCCCGAGCCGCUCCCGGAAAAGGCGAAAUUCCCAGAAAAGGCGAUCCCAGAAGCGGGAAAAGGGGAAACUGCCCUGCCCCAGGAGCAGCAAACCCAAAUCCCUGCGGUAUUCCCGAACCCCGAACCUGCUCCGCGCCUGGAAGAGAAAUCCCGCCAGGAACCGACGCUGGAGAAGCAGGAGGUCAAGGAGAUCCCGGUUCCCGUUCCCGUUCCCUGCGCCCAGGAGAAGCAGCAGCGCCAGGAAAUCCCGGUGUCCAUCCCAGAAAAACAGGAAUGCAAGGAGAUCCCGGUGUCCAUCCCAGAAAAACAGGAAUGCAAGGAGAUCCCAGUUUCCAUCCCCGACCCUGUCCAGUGUGCCCAGGAAAAGCAGGAAUGCAAGGAGAUCCCGGUGUCCAUCCCAGAAAAACAGGAAUGCAAGGAGAUCCCGGUGUCCAUCCCAGAAAAACAAGAAUGUAAGGAAAUCCCGGUGUCCAUCCCAGAAAAACAGGAGUGCAAGGACACCCCUGUCCCCAUCCCAGUUUCAAACCCUGAACCCACCCCGUGUUCCCAGGAAAAGCAGGAAUGCAAGGAAAUCCCGGUGUCCAUCCCAGAAAAGCAGGAAAAGCAGGAAUGCAAGGAAAUCCCGGUGUCCAUCCCAGAAAAACAGGAGUGCAAGGACACCCCUGUCCCCAUCCCAGUCCCAGACCCAGACCCCAUCCCCUCUUCCCAGAAAAAACAGGAAUUCCAGGAGAUCCCGGUGCCCAUCCCGGAUCAGCAGCAGCGCUCCAUUCCCGAGAAAUUCCCUCCCCUGGAGCAGCAGCUGGAGCAGCCCGGCCUGUGGCAGAAAUAG